UGAAACAGCUGAUCCCGUAACGUAACACAUUGACGUUUUGGGGCAUAUUCUUGUUUCCAGUGUUUACUGACACUGAACUCACUGUGCAGCUGACUACGCCUGGCACUGAAAAGAAUCCACCGGACUCUCCAGUCAUGGCUUUAAACAGAAAUCAUUCUCAAAACGGAGGAAUUUUGAUAAACAAUGGCGAGAGUGUGUUGAGGGAAUGCAAGAACGUGGAGCUGUCCUUCAGCGAUGUAACCAGCAAGACAGACCUGCUGAAGGGGACCAAGAAGGGGACAGUUUACCUCACUCCAUACAGAUUGGUGUUUUUGUCUAGCAAUGCCAAGGACAGCCUGGGUUCUGCGAUGUUCCCGUACUACCUGAUGAAGGGCUGCAGCAUUGAGCAACCCGUCUUUGCCGCCAAUUACAUCCGGGGCACGGUGUCUGCUGAGGCAGGGGGAGGCUGGGAGGGCCAGGCAAGUUUCAAGAUGUCCUUUCCCAGUGGGGGGGCCAUAGAGUUGGGCCAGCACCUCUUCAAACUGGCAACAAAUGCUUCUCGUGCCCCUCCUGCUCAAAACGGCGGCGCUUCCCAUGGUUACCCCUCACCUGGAGUGAUGAAUGGCUACGGCCCUCCACCUGUUCCUCAGAACUACCCAUAUGCACCACCCCCCCAGCAGAAUGGUUUCUACCAGGCCCCCCCCCAAGGCAACAUGGGCUAUCCAUAUCCCUAUCCCGUGGCAGCUGCAGGAAUGUACCCAUCUGCCCCUGCCUACAUGGCCCCACCUCCUCCAUAUCCUGGCCCCCCCCAGAACUGGGCUGCCCCCCCUGCAGGUAAUGCCAAGGCAGCAGAGGCAGCAGGCAGUGCCUAUUACAACCCCAACAACCCCCACAAUGUCUACAUGCCCAUGGAGCACCCUCCUCCCUACGCUCCUUCUGCCCCACCUGCACCUUCUGCUCCUUAUCCAGGCUAUCCAGAGAAGAAAAACAACUGAUUUUCAACAGCCAUCAUGUUGAGCCAUCAUGUUGAGUACCUCGAUAAUAAAUACAACAGCAAAUGAU